CGUUACGCAGAGCAUGAGCUAAAGGCUUCAACACCAAUCUCCCAUCUCUCUCUUCUCUACAUUUCCUUCCCUGCAUUUUUCCGCUUUCCAAUUCUAAAGCAGACAUGGAGAGUUUAGCAGCGAGAAACUUGGCGGCAAUGGCCAUCUCAGUUUAUCCCACGAGGAGGAAGAAGAUGAGGAGCCUCUCCAACGAACUAGGCUUUUCUGCAAACCCUCAUGCCCAUGGAUCUACGUCUUUCCGUCUGCGCUGCGGUGGCGGCAGCGACAGCUGCCUGGCGUUGCCUGUGAGAGAGGAUUUCGCGGACGAGGAGGACUACGUGAAGGCGGGAGGCACGGAGCUGUUGUUCGUGCAAAUGCAGCAGAAAAAGGCCAUGGAUCACCAGUCUAAGCUCACGGAUAAGUUACCAAGAAUAUUGACUGGAGAGAAUGUGCUGGAUUUGGUGGUAAUCGGUUGCGGACCAGCAGGGCUAGCUCUUGCGGCUGAGUCAGCUAAGCUAGGUCUCAGUGUUGGGCUUAUAGGGCCUGAUCUUCCCUUUACAAAUAAUUAUGGUGUUUGGGAAGAUGAAUUCAAAGAUCUAGGACUCGAAUGCUGCAUUGAACAUGUCUGGCGGGAUACUAUUGUGUAUCUAGAUGACAACCCUAUUUAUAUUGGCCGUGCAUAUGGACGUGUUAGUCGCCAUUUGCUCCAUGAAGAGUUACUGAAAAGGUGUGUCGAGUCAGGUGUAUCAUAUCUUAACACGAAAGUGGAAAGGAUUAUUGAAGCUUCAGACGGUCAUAGACUUGUAGAAUGUGAAGGAAACCUUGUGAUUCCCUGCAGGCUUGCUACUGUAGCAUCCGGGGCAGCCUCAGGGAAACUCCUAGAGUAUGAGGUUGGGGGUCCAAGGGUUUCAGUCCAGACAGCCUAUGGCAUCGAGGUUGAGGUGGAAAACAAUCCAUACGAUCCCAGCCUGAUGGUUUUUAUGGAUUAUAGAAACUACUGGAAACAUAAAGUCCAAUGCAUUGAAGCACAAUAUCCAACAUUUCUUUAUGCCAUGCCUAUGUCCCCCACGAGAGUUUUCUUUGAGGAAACAUGCUUAGCAUCAAAAGAUGCAAUGCCGUUUGACCUAUUAAAAAAUAAGCUAAUGUCAAGACUGGAGACUAUGGGAAUCCGCAUUGUAAAAACUUAUGAGGAGGAGUGGUCUUAUAUUCCUGUUGGUGGAUCCUUGCCGAACACUGAACAGAGGAACCUCGCCUUUGGUGCAGCUGCUAGCAUGGUCCAUCCAGCCACAGGAUACUCAGUUGUUAGAUCCCUCUCAGAGGCUCCACAAUAUGCAUCUGUUAUUGCAAAUAUUUUGAGACAAGACCAUGUUAAAAACGUGCUCGUCAGCUCAAGAAUUUCGGAGAAUAUCUCAAUGCAAGCAUGGAACGCCCUUUGGCCUCAGGAGAGGAAAAGACAAAGAGCAUUCUUCCUCUUUGGAUUAGCCCUAAUACUGCAACUGGAUAUCGAGGGCAUAAGGACUUUCUUCCACUCAUUUUUCCGUUUGCCUAAAUGGAUGUCACAGGGAUUUCUCGGCUCGACUUUGUCGUCAGGAGAUCUCCUCUUGUUUGCACUGUAUAUGUUUGUUAUAGCGCCCAAUGACAUGAGAAAGAGCCUAAUCAAUCAUCUCAUAUCUGAUCCUACAGGUGGAAUUAUGGUAAAAACUUAUCUUACACUAUAGAUUACAACGUUUCACUCCAAAUUUCCACUCCCAUCUAAAUAUCCUCCUUCAGAUUGCACUUGUCUGUCUUCUAAUGUACAUAAACUUAUAUAUCUAGCUUAUAAAAUAUACUCACAUUUGGUUAUGUUUUCAUAAAUGUUACUCUGUCAAUGCAUAA